AUGUUUUUUGGGGAAGAGGAAGGUGGGGAGGGUUUGCGGGCCGGUGGCUGCAGCCUCUCUGAGGAGGAGACGUCGAGCCUUGUUGAAACAAGAGAAGAUGAGGAACAGAACAUCAAGCUGUCUGAAAUUUUGGAACUGUUGGUGGCUGCUGGGUAUUUUCGAGCAAGAAUCAAGGGGCUAUCACCCUUUGACAAGGUGGUAGGCGGCAUGACAUGGUGUAUCACUACUUGCAGCUUUGAUAUCGAUGUUGAUUUAUUGUUUCAGGAAAACUCUACUAUUGGUCAAAAAAUUGCCUUAACUGAAAAGAUUGUGUCAGUAUUACCAAAAAUGAAGUGUCCUCACCGUUUGGAACCACAUCAGAUCCAGGGACUGGAUUUCAUUCAUAUAUUUCCUGUUAUACAGUGGCUGGUAAAACGUGCAAUAGAAACAAGGGAAGAGAUGGGAGAUUAUAUCCGUUCUUACUCUAUAUCACAAUUUCAAAAGACUCAUAGACUGCCAGAGGAUGAUGAAUUUAUGCAAAGAAAAGAGAAGGCUAUCAAAACUGUCACUGAUAUCUUUGAAGUUUACAAACCCCAGAGAAAAUACAAACGUCAGAAAGGAGCUGAAGAACUGUUAGAUGAAGAAUCAAAGGUUCAUGCUACACUUCUGGAAUACGGCAGGAGAUACGGAUUUAGCAGACAAGCAGGGAAAGCAGAACAGGCUGAAGAAAAAAAACUUGCACUACCUCCAGGGCUUGCAGGAAAAGCUGAGCCUUGUGAUGAAGAUGAUCUUCAGGCUGCUGAAGAGCUCCGCAUUAAAACUCUGAUGACUGGAAUGGCUGCAAUGGCAACAGAAGAGGGCAAGUUGACAGCAAGCACAGUUGGCCAGAUUGUUGGACUCCAGUCAGAUGAGAUCAAACAAAUAGUGUCAGAAUAUGCUGAAAAGCAAUCUGAGCUUUCUGCUGAGGAGCGACCAGAAAGGCUUGGAGCUGCCCAGCAACACAGAAGGAAGGUGGCAUCUCUGAAUAAGCAGAUUUUGCAUAAAACCAAACUCCUCGAAGAGUUGCAAGCUAAAUGUGCUGACCUGCAGGCAAAAUGUACUGAAGCCAAAAAGACACUGAGUGAGGUAAAGAGUUACAGUGAGAAGCUGGACAAGGAAUUGGCAGCCUUAGAAACAAUAGAAUCCCAAGCAGAUUCUAGCAUAUUACAGAGUCUGCGAGCACUGGUGGCCAUGAAUGAGAACCUAAAAAGCCAGGAGCAAGAAUUCAAAGCACAUUGUAGGGAGGAAAUGGAGAGACUUCAACAAAAUAUUGAGAAUUUGAAAGCUGAGACAGUGGAAAAUGGGGAGGAACAGGAGCCAAAUAAGAUUAUAGAACAGCAGUAUAAAGCUGAGAAGGAUAAACUUCAAAAGAUCCGGCUGUUACUGGCACGAAGAAACAGAGAAAUAGCGAUUUUACAACGCAAGAUUGAUGAAGUACCCAGCCGAGCUGAGCUAACACAGUAUCAGAAGAGAUUUAUUGAACUUUACAUCUCAGCAACUCACAAAGAAACGAAGCAGUUCUUUACUCUUUAUAAUACACUGGAUGAUAAAAAAGUAUAUUUGGAAAAGGAGGUUAACUUACUGAAUUCUAUUCAUGACAACUUUCAUCAAGCAAUGGCAUCUUCUGGUUCUCGUGAGCAGUUCUUACGGCAGAUGGAGCAAAUUGUAGAAGGCAUCAAACAGAAUCGAAUGAAGAUGGAAAAGAAGAAGCAAGAAAACAAAAUGCGAAGAGACCAAUUGAAUGACGAAUACUUAGAGCUUCUAGAGAAACAGAGGCUUUACUUUAAAACAGUGAAAGAAUUUAAAGAGGAAUGUCGUAAGAAUGAAAUGCUGCUGUCCAAGCUGAAAGCUAGUUCUUCCUGAAGAAUUCCAGCUGGUGAAGUUUAUAGAUGAUUGUUCAGUCCAUUGAAUCUCUUCUGUGAGGUGACAGUUAUAACUGCAAUGUAGAUAUAUAUAUAUAUAAAAUAUAUACACACAGCUGUGAAAGUCUGGGGUUUUUUCCAGUAUGUAUUCAGUUUUACAUUCCUUCAUCCCAUGGCUGUAUCAUUCAUUAUUGCCUCCACUACACAGUAAAGAGUUAACACAGUACAGCAAAAUAGAAAUAUUGUCUAAUUUUAUUUAUUUGGGUUUGUUUUUUUCCUACAUGACAAUGUUUUUUUUAUUUUUAUUUGGGCUUUAACUUUGGAUUAGGUCAAGAUUCUGGAAUAAGAGAGGUGUACUGUGUAGUAUGUCCAGUACCACAAGAUGAGCACUGCAGAAUGCAGUGGUUUGUUAAUUUUGGC